UUUUCAAAAUCCUAUCGAGGUUCCAAAAUAAUGUUUUAACAAUUUCACAAUUUUUUUUAAACACUGCUUUUUUAUAUAUUUUUUAAGAAAUGAUUUUGUCUAAUGUCUAUAGAUUAAUAGCUGAAUGUCGCAGAUAUAUUUAAAAUCAAGCUAUACAAAGUAUUACGAGAUAAUUUAAGAGGACGCCGGAUUUUGAGGUUAACUGGAACACAACUAAUGUGAUUAACACAAGCAUCAUGGAAGAAUAUACUGUAGAGAAAAUGGAUUUUGAAGUAGUGAAACAAAAGAUUAUUAAAGCCAAUGAGAUUCUACACCUCUAUCAAGCAAAGACUGAAAAACUGAACCGGGCUGCGCAGGCAUUCAAAUCUCUAAAAAGUAAUUUUGAAAGUGCAGUACAACAAGUAAAUACUCUUAAACUCUCAAAUGAGCAUCUGGCAGAAACAUUAGCCAAAAUAAAGCCAUUAAAGGAGCAAACUGAACUAGAAUUAAAUAGUGUAAAAGCAGAUUAUGCAUGCUUAGAAGAAAAAUAUCAAGAGCAUUUGAUACAAACUCAACUGCAUAUUACAGAUUUAGAAGCAAAGAUAAAAAAGUGUUCUUGUAGUGAAAUUACCUCACCAAAAAAACACACACUGGAAAUGAAAAUUAAAGAGUUAAAACAAGUAGUGGCAGAUAUGAAAGGUAAAGAGCAUGAGUUAAUAUUAGAAGUCAAUAAAUUAAGGGAAAAAAAUCAUAAUUUGGAGGAACAUAAUAAGAACUCAGAACUGAAUGAUGAAUUACGGGUCACAAAAAAAAAGUUAGCUGUCACUGAAACAUCUUUAAAAGAACAGAACAAUCUUUAUAUGAACUUAGUAACAAAUCAGAAAAAUGAGGUAAAUUCUUUAAAAAAUCAAAUAACACAAUUGCAACUUAACCACGAGAGGCUGAAAAUGGUAGAGGAUGAAUAUAACUUGUUAAGAAAAAAUAAUGAAAUUAAAGAAGCUAAUAAGGCUAACUGUUUUACACAAACCUGUGAUGUAAAAUUAGUUCAAUGUGUGGCUCAUAGUAACAUUUCAACACAAACUGAUCUUGAAUAUUUUUCAUGCUUAUGUAAUAAAAUUUCCACAUUUUUGGAAGAUACCAAGGUAACACAGUAUGAUCAGGAGGAAGAUCUGGAAAGCUCAUUAUCUGGAAUUUUUAGGGAGAUGAUUUUACCUAUGUCAAUGCUGUCACCUAUCCAUUCAUCAAAAAUAACAGAUAGCCCUUUAUUAUGUUUGGAAGACCCUACGGAUACACCCAUAAAUAAUAAAUUGCAGAUGACAGAUUCAGAACAGAAUUUGCCAAAUAUAGUCAUCACACCACCCACCCCUAAUAUUGAUGUCAUUACAGCACAUUACCCCUUGCUUUCUGGAAAGCAUAAUUUUACUGAAAAUGUACAAAAUAUAGAGGAAAGUAACUUAAAAAGUGUAUCAGAGAAAUCUAGCGAAAAUAUUAAGGAAAGUGCUGAAAAGAGUGAAGUAAUAAUGAAGCCUGUUGCAGACGAACAAGCCUUUAAUGAAAGUGUGAUAGGACCUUAUGGAAAUAAAAAAGAUACAGCAUGUGUAUCAAAUGAAAAUAAACAAUUGAGUACAUUAGAUCAUGAUUUUGAUGUGAUCAUGGAUAUGACAGAAAAUAUUAUUGAGGACAAAGAAGUAGACCAAAGUGAGAAGAAAACUUUACAAAACAUUUUUAGUGAGACAGAAUCUGAACGUUAUUCUACAAUAUCGCCUAUAGUAGAUCUUUUCCGUUCAAAGAUAGAGACAAAGCGAGUAAUUCUAGUUGACAAGCCUGAAAUAUACUCUCCUCUAAAAGUUCCUACAAAAAAUAAACCAAAAAAAUUCUGGGUGCCAUAUAUGAUUCCAUUCAUCAAACCCAAACGCAAGAAAAUCUGUAGGCAACAAUCAAUUAACACCAAAGAUACAAUCUUGAGGGCACUACAAACGCUAAAAAGAAACAACAUCAACUUUACCAUUACAAAUCAGCCAAAUCCUCAACCACCCAAGUUGGUGAUGCAAGAACUCUUAAAGGAAAUGAAAUAUCACACUAAAAUGCCAAAUCGUUUUAAAAAACCAUCUAACUUGUCGCGACAUUGCAGAUUUAAACUUAAAAAUAAAAUAAAUUCAGAUUUUCUGUCGGAAACAGAAUCUGAGCUGGAAAAGCUUUUUGAGGAACGAGUAAAUGUUUUAGAAAGAAACAAAAGACUUUUGGAGGCGGCCAAAAAGCAAUCUGCCGGAUCCGAUUCGGAAAUUAUGGGAGAUUCUGGUUUGGUUACUGCCUCAUCAAAGUUAGAUAGUACUAGCAGCAUCUGCAGUGAUAACGAAAUCCCAUUAAAAGUACCAUCGCAAAAAGACAUUUUUGACGGUUAUAAGAGUCCGCCGUUUUGUCCCAACUUGCUUAGUCCUAUGACUUCUUCUGUUAAAAGAUCGCCACCAGACAAAGCAAAUAUUAAUCUCAAAUCAUCAAUAUGUCAAAAAAUUACCUUUGACGGACUGGCUGAAGGUGGACAGUUUACUGUAAUUAAUUAUAAUAAAAAACUUUCAAAGUUAAAAGAUGUUGCAAAAGAAAAAUCAGAGAUAACUAGCGAGACCCCAGUUAUGUUGGUAGAAAAUGUGUCAGUUAGUCCAGCUGAGUGUCAGACUAAAAUUGAAACGCUUGCAUUAGCUGAAAAACCCUCUGAUGUUUCAAUAGCACUUUACCAAGAGGAAAGUGAGACUCCUGUAAGAAAAACUGAAAGUGUGUUUACAGGAUUAAAAGAGUUGGCUCAUGACACUAGGAAUAGAAGAAGCUCUGUUUCAGUAAAUUUUGAAAAAAUUGUGAUAGAUUCUACAGGAAGUUCAAAAACCGCAAAAGAGUUUCAGAAAUCUGAGCUUGAUUUUACUAGGCGAAGAACCAGAAGUGCAUCUUUUUUGCAUUCAGUUACUGAAACAAAUAGAAUUGCAGAAAACACUUUGGCUAAUUAUCCAGAAAUACUUGUAAAUAAGCGCAGAACUAGAAGUACAUAUUCUAUAACCUCAGAUAUAAAUGAUUUGCUUAGUCCACCCAGAAAAAGAAGAAACACUAGGAAAAGGUCGUCACUUCUUUUAUCUCCUAAACCUGCUUGCACGACUAAGUAUGAAGUGGAAGAUGUAGAAAUGGAAAGUAGAAUUCCAACUCCAUCUAAACAGUCCACUGAGAAUCAGCUUUCAACAACUGGUACGGACAACAUAUAUAGUUGUAAUAAGUCUGUAAGAAACAACAAUAACAUAAAGGAAGCAGCAGAAGCAGAUAAAACUAAAAGCCGUAAAGAAAUAAACUUGAAUUCUUGUUCUGUAGAAAGACGUCGAACUAGAAGUACAUGUUGUGUAACCGCUGACGAAAUUGGUUUGUUUAGUCCGGCAAAGAAAAAAACAAAAACUAGAAAAAGUUCUUCUCUUAUGGUCUCUGUUGAAAUUGCACCCAUUCUUAGGAACGAAAUAGAAGUCGAUAACGAAACGGACGAUAAAAAGUUAGUAGAAAAGAAAGAGCAGUGUGUAAAAUCUUUAUCAGUUUCUCAGUUUGGCUCUGUGAUGUCAUUAAGAUCUCGGAAUAAAAACUUAGAAACUGAGAAACUUUUAAAUAUGAAUGCAAUUAAGAAUUGCCAAACGAACAACACAUGUUUUCUUACCGAAAACAAAGUUAAAGAAGAAAUUCAGCCAAUUCCUAAUCCAACUAAUGUUGAACAAAAAAUGGUUCAACUUAGGCAGAGACUUGAUUCACCCUUGAAGAACAAGCUGGAUGCUUCUGUGGAUGAUUUGGAAGAAUCCAAGAAUGAUUCUGAAAAAUAUCCGGAAACCAAAAAUAAUAUAGAAAUUUUAGAAACUCAUCAUACUAAUACUGUGGAGAAAGUAACACUUGGGUUGAAUAAACAGAAACUAAAAAAAAUUAAUUCUGUAAAAAAAUCAAUAACUAUUAAAGGCCACAAAACCAAACAGCAAAACUCCUUAAAAAUAUGCAGUAAAGAAUUCGUUUCGGACUCGGAGCCUGAACCCCUUGAAAUUCAGAAAAUUGAGGAUGUUACUGAACAACCUAAAGACAUACAAACGCGAUAUGAAGAAUUGUUUGGCGAUACUGAAAAUGAUAUGGAAAUCGGUACUGACACGGAAACAACUGCCUCCAAGAAAGAUGUUAUAAUCUUACAAGAUCUUUUGCUUAGCAAAGGGACAACUACAAAUAUAGAGACCAAAGUUCAAAUGUAUCAGAGACCAAAAAUAGUUAAAUCUAAGUCCCAAGAAAGAUUGAAAGAUGUAUCAAAAAUAUCGGAGAAAAAAGUAUGUACAAAAAAGCGAGAACUUUCUAUAGAUAGCAAAAGUGAAAUUUUAAUAAAACGUCCUUUGAGAAAUAACAGCAAGAUAACAGUACCACGUGAUAACACGACCGCUAAAAAAAACAUAAAUAAUAAUUUAAAGAUUGAUACUGCUCCUGUAGAUCUGGUUUCUAAUGUAAUAAAAGACAUGAUUAAAACAGGACCCUGCAGAAAGAUGCAGCUUAAAAAAGUUGUCGUUCCUCAGCUUCCUAGGGUACCAACACAAGAACAAAAUGUAGCUUUAUAUGUGGAACCUGACAUUUUUGUAGACCCAUAUAAAGAUUGUCCAAAAUCUCCAGAUCUUAAUUUAAAAGAAGUGGAGCCUAAUCCCCCACCGAAAUUAAUACCUUUGACAAAGCCUCAGAAGCUUCCCCCAAGUAAAAUCGUCAGUUUGAUGCAAAGGAUGAUAGUAUAUUCAAACGAAGAAGUAAUAUUAGAUGAAGUUGUUAUGGAAUUUGCGUUUCAGGAGAUGGACUACAUGAUUAGGAUAAUUAUGAAUAAGUUAUGUUUGGACGUUAGUAAUAAGGUGGAUACUACGUUGGCCCCUAGUCCGCCUAUGACUACUGUUCAAAGGAUACUUUUCGGAUUCUUGUUAAAAUUGGAGAAAGUAACUCACCCAGGUAUAAUAAAAAAAUUUAUGAAAUCUGUAGAACUACAUCUGUUCAAAAGGACUACAUGUGAACUGCCCAUAAUAUCGCCACUUACAAGGGUUUAUACAGCGUUAUGUAAGAUGAACAGAAACAUAAGCAAAAUAAGAAGAUUUUUAGGAGAUUGUUUUUACUUUUGCGAAAAUUUCGCUCUUCCAAUCUUAUUUAUUGUCAUCACUAUGUGGCCAGAGGUUUUACCUAUGAAUGACGAACUCAAUAAAUACCCAUUGGCAAGGGUUAUUAUACAAUUGGCAUAUACAAAGACCGAUGUUCAGCCAGGUUUUAACUUAAUGCCGCUGAGAGAUCUUUUUGCUAAAUACUAUAAUUAUCCUACAGAAAAGUGGAACCCAGAAGAUAUUUUUAAAGACAUUUUGGUGGAUUAUGUUCAAAAUCCUUCCGCGAUGCUGUCAGACUACACCAUAACGCUGUUCCUAAAAUACCAGCCGGUACAAUUUUUACACACUAAAAUCCAUGAAAAUUUUAUUCCGCUUUAUGAAGCAGUACCAGAAAGUAACCCAAAUCUCAAAGCAAAUCUCAUCAUGACAAUAUGUAAUAUAUGCUGUAGGCUCUUUAGACACGAUUUACCUCAGAUGAAGAUUUUAUUGGAAGUGAGAAUAUGGGCCGACAAACAAAAAACAGUGAACAGACAUCCUGUAGUGCGAAAAGCACUAGAUCUUUUGCUUCAGAGGCUGCCACGCAGAGCCCGAGCAAAAAGACAAUUAGGUCCGAAAAAUAAAAUCGCAAACGUUUCUACAGAGGUUAACAAGUUAGAAAACGACCAGGCUAAAACUAGUGAGGUGCAUGAAUCCCCACAAGAGAAAAGUACAAUAAUCCUUGGCGAAGAUAAUCUUGCUUCCGAUUUAAGACUUAGUUCGGAUAGCGAAGAUAGCUGUAGUGACAUAGAUUUUAAGUAAAUUUGUAUUAAGAGUUUUUCUGUGAUUUAAAGCAACCGCUUCUUUAUAACUAGAUUUUUAAGGUUUAAGGAGAGAAUAUCAGUAUUUUUGUUUGAAUAUUUUGGGUACAGUAUACCAAAUCUGUUUGUAUAUUGGUUUGUAUAUAAUUACGUAAUUUUAUCUUUAUUUUUUAUGAUUGUUGAUUGUAAAUAGAACGGGCAUGAAACUAUUAAAAAUAAUGCACUCGU